AUGAAGAAGAAAGUCAAGGUCCGCACCACAAGAGGCGGCCACGUCGAGGCCGAAGACUGGACCGAGGACCUCGAGGACGUCUUCCAGGCCGCCGCAAAAGGCAACGUGAAAAGCCUCCGCGCCCACCUCUCCCGCGGCGUCAGCCCCGCCAUCAAAGAACAAGUCCUCUUCGGCUACAACCUCCUCCACCUCGCCGUCCUCAGCGGCAACCUCGCCGCCGUCCAGCUCAUCCUCCAAUACAAGCCCAACCUCAACGCUACCGCCGACGACGGUCAAACCACCGCCCUCGUCCUCGCCUGCGGCGACAACGCCACCAACCAAGGCCCCAACCCGGCCAUCGUGCGCCUGCUCCUCAACUCGGGCGCCCACGUCUCCACCCUCAGCAGCCCGGGCACCUACCCGCUGCACGCGGCCGCCGCCUCCUCCACCACCGACGCCACCGUCCGCCUGCUCCUCGCCGCGGGCGCCAGCAUCACCGCCCUCGACGCCGCCGAGCGCCAGACGGCGCUGCACAAGGCUGCGUACGGCCGCAGCGCCGCCGUCAUGCGCGCGCUGCUGGCGGCGCCCGGUGCGGGGGGGAUCGUCAAUGUCCCCGAUGCCGAGGGCAUGCGGCCGCUGCAUUUGGCGGUGGAUAUACCGGAUGAUUAUGAUGAUGAUGUGGCGUAUGUGGCGCGGCGGGCGGAGCUGGCCGGGUUGUUGCUGGCGGCGGGGGCCGAUCCCAAUGUGUUGGGGGGGGAGGGGAACGCGCCGCUUCAUGUGGCGAUUGCGUGUCGGGCCGGGGCGGUGGUGCGGUGUUUGUUGGAGGGCGGGGCGGAUCCGAAUCUGAGGGAUGGGGAUGGGUGGACGCCGUUGAUGGGGGCUGAGUAUGUGAAGGAUAGGGGGAUUGUUGCUUUGUUGGAGAGGUAUGGGGGGGUGAAGGGUUCUGAUGCUGGUGGUGGAUGA